AUAAUAGAAAAGAUCUUUAGUUCUUCUCUCUCCUUGCUUCUCACAAGAGAGCGUUCACUUCUUCACAGUGUGUUGUUCUGAAAAAGUUUAGACACCGCCCGCGGCGUCGCACUGUUCGUCCCGCAUCUGCCGCAAUCUGCCACCUCCUUCCAUCAUUCCACGCCGCAGAUUGGGUGAAAAGGGAGAAAUAAGAAAAUGUUUUUCCACAUAGUGCUGGAACGAAACAUGCAACUGCACCCUCGCUACUUUGGUCGUAACCUUCGCGAAAAUCUUGUUUCCAAGCUGAUGAAAGACGUCGAAGGCACUUGCAGUGGUCGACAUGGAUUUGUGGUGGCGGUUACAGGGAUUGAAAACAUUGGGAAAGGGAUAAUUCGUGAUGGGACAGGGUUUGUGACAUUUCCGGUUAAGUACCAAUGUGUUGUCUUCAGACCUUUUAAGGGAGAGAUCUUAGAAGCUGUUGUUACCAUGGUGAACAAGAUGGGAUUUUUUGCCGAAGCUGGGCCAGUUCAAAUCUUUGUUUCAAACCAUUUGAUUCCAGAUGAUAUGGAAUUCCAGUCUGGAGACAUGCCAAACUACACUACUUCAGAUGGAUCAGUUAAGAUCCAGAAAGAUAGUGAAGUGAGACUAAAGAUAAUCGGGACUAGAGUGGACGCCACUGAAAUUUUCUGUAUAGGUACCAUAAAAGAUGAUUUCUUGGGUGUGAUCAACGACCCUACAACAGUUUAAAUGCAACUUUCUGUACCCUUCUAUCGAGUAGUUUGCAUGUCAUGGACUUUACAUCUGAAAUAUCAUAUACCGCGUGUAUGUGUGACCAUAUAGCUUAAAUUACCAAGUUGACAUAUAGUUACUUUGUUGAUGUAUCAAAUUCUAGUGUGUAGUAAUGUUUUGUAUUUGUCAAAUACCUUUGUGUUGCAAAGAAAAUUAAUUUCAUGUCAUCAUUUUGUUGAAGUUAA